GACCACAGGGGAUCGCGGCUCCGGGCUCCGGAAGGGCGCCCAGGGCGCAUUUACCAGGGCGGCUGCGCGACGUUUUUCCGGCGGUACUGCACGGAGGAAGGUCCUGGGGACAGUCUGCUGGCCCGGCGCCUCGCCUUGCGCGCUCAGAGUCACCGAGAAGACGAGUCCGUCCACCCUGCAGCCCCUCGUUGUCCCAGCCAUGGCCACACGCCUCCUCCGCGGGGCCCUACGCUUGUGGGGCGGCCGCUGUGCGCCGAGCGUGCCGCCGGCCUCGAGAUGUUCUCAUUCUGGAGGGGAGGAACGUCUAGAAACUCCUUCUGCUAAAAAAUUAACAGAUAUAGGAAUUAGAAGAAUCUUCUCUUCAGAACAUGACAUUUUCCGGGAAAGUGUAAGGAAGUUUUUUCAAGAAGAAGUGAUUCCUCAUCAUGCAGAAUGGGAGAAAGCUGGAGAAGUGAGUAGGGAGCUUUGGGAAAAAGCUGGAAAACAAGGACUGCUUGGUGUCAAUAUUGCAGAGCGUCAUGGUGGCAUUGGGGGGGACUUGUACUCGUCAGCUGUUGUUUGGGAGGAGCAAGCAUAUUCGAAUUGCACAGGCCCAGGUUUUAGUCUUCAUUCGGAUAUUGUCAUGCCCUAUAUUGCAAACUAUGGCUCAGAAAAACAGAUUAAGCACUUCAUCCCCCAGAUGACUGCAGGGAAAUGUAUUGGUGCCAUAGCAAUGACAGAGCCUGGGGCUGGAAGUGAUUUGCAAGGAGUGAAAACAAAUGCCAAAAAAGAUGGAAGUGACUGGAUUCUCAAUGGAAGCAAGGUAUUCAUCACUAAUGGGUGGCUAAGUGACGUUGUGAUCGUAGUGGCAGUCACAAAUCGUGACGCUCGCUCUCCUGCCCAUGGCAUUAGCCUUUUUCUGGUGGAAAAUGGAAUGAAAGGAUUUGUCAAGGGACGAAAGCUACAUAAAAUGGGACUAAAAGCCCAGGAUACUGCAGAAUUAUUCUUUGAAGAUGUACGUUUGCCAGCGCGUGCCCUACUUGGAGAAGAGAAUAAAGGCUUCUAUUACCUCAUGCAAGAGCUUCCACAGGAAAGGCUACUGAUUGCUGACUUGGCAGUUUCAGCCAGUGAAUUCAUGUUUGAAGAAACCAGGAACUACGUUAGACAAAGAAAAGCUUUUGGGAAAACAGUUGCACAUAUACAGACAGUGCAGCAUAAGCUAGCAGAAUUAAAAACACACGUUUGUGUAACCAGAGCUUUUGUGGACAGCUGUCUCCAGCUGCAUGAAAUGAAACGUCUGGACUCUGCCACUGCUUCCAUGGCGAAAUAUUGGGCAUCUGAGUUACAGAACAGUGUAGCUUAUGACUGCGUGCAGCUGCAUGGAGGUUGGGGAUACAUGUGGGAGUACCCAAUUGCAAAAGCUUAUGUGGAUGCCCGAGUUCAGCCAAUCUAUGGUGGUACCAAUGAAAUAAUGAAGGAGCUAAUUGCAAGAGAGAUCGUCAGUGACAAGUAGACAUCUGCCCACAUCCUGGAAUCCUAUUACAACUAAUCUGGUUUUAAAUCUACUCAAGAUAAAAUACAACCUGGAAAGGGAGGGAACACUAAACAUGUUUUUAUAUGCUCUCUCUACAGAGAAAGAAAUCAAAUACAAAUACAAGAUUAACACAGUGGGAGGAGAAAUCUUUGAAUCCAAACAUCCUAAAGUUUUCCAAUGUAAAGGUUGGUAGGAUCCUAAACCUUUCCAAUUAAAAGGUUUAACUUUUAAUUUUUUAUAUAGCUAAAAGGCAAAGAUUUUCUGAUUCUAGAAGCCUUAAUGUUUCAUGUAUCCUUAAAAUUCUGAAAGAGCGUAGUCACUUAGAUCUUUAAAAUUGAGGCAGAAAUAAUUUUGUUAUUAUACUAUAAAAAUGGGAUUAAUAUGCACAGCACAUUGACUUUAAAAAGGAAAAAUAAAUAUAAUUUAUAAUGCAAAAUACGUUUAGCUAUCUCUUAGUCCAAAUUCCCCGGAACAGUGGUUUCUACCACCCUAUCCUAAACCUCUGUUUUUAAGUAAUGAAACACUUUCUUCAAGCCAAAGCUUAUGCCAAGUCCUUGUGAAAUCCUGUUGUGUGAAGAACUGCUCUGGUUGAAGCAGGAAGCCUUCCUAACUUAUGGCCUUAGAAUCACUAGACUCAGCUAAGCAAAUCCCCACUAGAGAAUGCCAGUGGUUGCCUCGACCACUGACCCCUGGGCUUUCAACAGAUGUCCAUCCCAGUUUAAUUUCUAGGAGAACACAGAAUAAUCCAUCAUCCUUUAGUUUCAAGAUAUUGAUGUAUUUAUAGGUAUCAAAACAGUGACUUUUAUUUUGGAGCAGUGUAAUUUUUUAAUUAAUUUAACAGACUUAUACUUUGUGUCAUCUAUAAACUAGGCUGUUAAAAAUAUGAUGAGAAAUAUGAUUUUAAAAAUUGGCAAGAUCCCUGCUAAUGAGUGAAGAAAUAAGUUGUAAUAAAUAAGGUAAGAAGCAAGUAAAUAAACAAAAUAAUUUCAAAUAAUGAUAAAGGCAGUAAAGGAAAUAAAGUAAGCAUUUAAAGUAGGAAAGUGAGGAAACGACGUUUGGUUUGAGACUAUUAUCAAAAAAUAAGCCAUUGAUUUGUAAACUGAUAGCAUCAUUUUAGUACUUGUUUUUCUUUGCAUAUAUUGCUGAGACAGUGAAUAAAGUCGUUUCUAAAUGGAAAUAAAUAGGUGUAUUCUUGUUUAACUUAGAGAACCUAAACCUUUUAUUUGGUGUUGUGGGUAUUAAGCAUUGUUUUUUAAUGCAGUCUUUACAACUGGGUAGAGCAGAGAGUAGAGAAAAUACUUUGAUACCAUUCUAUCCUAGUCUUAUAUACCUUCAAUUUGCUCUUGAGUUGAAGUUUGUAUGAUUGCCAACUUGAGUCCUUGCUCAGUAAAUACCAUGCAAAAUUGGUUAAAAUAAAUUCUUAUUAGAUAUUACUGUAUUUGCCACUUUCACCUCACUUCUACUACCAGGAAACAAUAGAGAAUUAGACCAACUGCCCAGCCCCAGCCCCUUUCCCAGGUUUAAAGGAAACUAGAUUUUAGGAAUUAAACAUCUGUAGGAUAAACAGUAAAGUAACAUAGUAGGAAAUGCCUGCUACGUAGAGGUGGACAAACCUAGGUUUGAAUGAUGACUCUACCAUUUAGCAGCCAUUGGACCUUGGGCAAAUUAUUUAACUUCUCAGGAUUCUUUCAGGUACAAAUGACAAAGAAACCCAAUUCAGACCAUCCUAGGCAAAAACUUGUGUGCUAGCUAAAAUGAAUUGUGGAGUACCUCAUACAAUCUAAAGAACUGUAGGAGCUCGUGUCUCAAGGGCCUGAUUGAGGUUCAGGACUGUCAGCACUUACACUAUAUCCGUUUAUUUCUACUUUUCUUUGCAAAUUGGCCUAAUGCACACUGCAGAGAAAUUUCAUCACAGGGCCUGUAAAAAUGACCUUGGGCUGCUCCAGGCCUACAUCCUUCAGCACAAUAUCAUUAUAAGGUGGGGAAAGGUGCACUAUAAUUGACAAUCUCAUCAGGAGCACACAGACUGGGGGAAGCAGUUCCUGAAGCAGAGAGUGGUAUUAUCAAAAGAAAGGGAACAGAAGGUCUGCUGGGCAGCCCUUAAUCACGCUCACACACACGCACAAAGUU